CAACCCGCCUCCUGCUUCCGUCACGUGGUCAGGGAAAGUGAGGAGCACUACUGGGGAGCUACACAUCAUAGCAGCACAGCAGACGACACACCAAGAUAUUUACACCUGUACCGUGGUCACUGAGACAGAUGGUGAUGAUAAGCGUCUACCACUGAUGUCAUCUUCUCAAAUUACACUUAUUGUUAAAGGUAUUGUCCCACACAAACACACACACACACACAUUGUCCGUCGUCUAGCAAUGUCACGCGAACAACGGUCCUCUUUCACUACAAGCCUUAUAACCAGAAACAUUUCGAGCCUCACCGCCGUAUUUGCCCGUUUUGUAUCGAAGGCUGACUUUCACUUUAUUAAGAGAGAGCUGAGGUGAGUACAGUUGUUUGUAAUCACUUUGUUCACUAUUGUCAGCCUGUCGGCUUCUCUUUAAAGUCACCUUAAGGUCACGUGGGAUGUUGAAUUGAGAUUAUUGAUUCUAUAUACAAGUAGACUGAUUUUAAUAGCAUUGUGCAAUACAAUAGAAUACAAUACAAUACAAUACAAUACAAUACAAUACAACACAAUACAAUACAAUACAACACAAUACAAUACAAUACAGUUUAAUACAAUACAAUACAAUACAAUCCAAUCCAAUACAAUACAAUACAAUACAAUACAAUACAACUUUAUUCAUAACCAGGAGCCAUUGUCUUUAGAGCUGUUAAGAUUCAAGAGUACGAUCCUUGUUAACCUACAGUAGUGGAGCAAGUUAAGCAUCUUUUUCCUUACAAAUUCUGUGAAAUUUAUUACAGGUUACCCCGUUUAUGGUCUUCCAGAAAUGGAAUGUUUUUAAUAUCAGUUUGUUGUAUCUGUAGAUUACAUGGCAACAACUGGAUGCUUAUUUUUACAGCACACCAAAUAAGCGACACGGAGAUUGAGUGAACGGCACGUAAAAGAUGUUUUCAGUGGGAAGUGAACAUCAGCAACAUCUGUUCACACUUGAAUAACAAUGUCAACUGUGUAAACAAGUAUUUGUGCAACCUGCGUGUCACAUUUAAGUGGCCAGAUGCUUUCUUUUUUGCUUUUAACUAUAGAGAUAGAGGUAGUCUUUUGUUCACGGGGGAGGCUCCUUAUUCUCCUAGCCUCAAGCCUGUGAACUGAAUUCCACUUUCUCCUCUCCAAUCCCGUCCAGCUAACAUGAAUAGUUCUUAGCAUAGCGAUCAUAGCGAUUUUAGUGUUCGUCUAGAUUUUUUUAUAUAUAAAAUAUAAUCCAUUUUAUGUUUCAUGACAAAGUGUGAUCUUUUUCAUCGAUUCAAAACGUUGAAACGAGUGUUUUAAUAUAUGAGUGUGAGGAUGUCUGCUCUUGCGUGUGUAAUCUUUUGAGAAAAAGAAAAAAAGAAAGAAGUCUUUUAAAACAAAGAAACGAGUGAAGUGCAUAAAUAUCUGUAUGGGUCGAUUCAGAAAUGCAUUAACUUGCUUAGCCUUUAUUCAAGGUUGACACGUCUGUCUACAUUUUCCUCGAGAAAUGUUUUUAUUUCUACUGCAAAUUUUGAGUAUCUUUUUUCAGUUCUUGUUCUUUCGCCAUAAUGGUGUUGAUAUUAAAAUGACUUUUAUUCCCGCCAAUACAUUUUAUCAGUAAACAAAGGUAUAUGAUUAUUUUAGAAAUAAUCAAACAAUAGGUCGCAAGCCUUGAUGUUUGAAUCAUUCACGUACGGAGAAGGCUCGGGCCUCAUCGUCCUUGACGACCUGAGAUGCACAGGUGAGGAGUCCAGGUUAGAGGAGUGUGACCAUGAAGGAUUUUAUAAACAUGAUUACAGUCACAUUGAGGACGUUGGUAAGAUCUGCGACACAGGUGAGAACGAGCUCUUCCUAUCUGUUGGUUUCCUGUAUGCCAUGUUUUUCUAGCUAUGCUGAGAGAAACAAAAGGAGUAAAAGAGAUAUUAAUUAAACUAAAAUUAACAAUUUGAGAUGUAUAAGGACGCUUUAUUUACCUACAAAAAUAUAUAAAUGCAACAUGCAUUUUCAUAGCAUUAAACCGGUUAGUUUUCAUUAAAAUAUAUUUAGGACUUCAGACAAGAGUACACAUGAGGAUUAAUAUUUUUGCGAUAUAUUAUUAUCUCGAUAAAUUGUUUUCUAAGUUUUGUGACUAAUGCCGUUUGUCUGUACAGGAUAAUGCUGAGAUCACACUCACAAGUAAUGUUUGAUUUAAUAACAAUGGACCAACCGCAUGCCUCGGUCUUCUUUCUCGCACCUGGAUCAUAUAAUGCAUGUGUUCUAGAAACUCAUCAUCUUCAGGGGCAGGCAGUCUUUCUUUAGGGGACAUCUUUUCUUGAAUCAGAAGAAAACAGACAACUAACACAGCCGUACCGCACCCACCGCACGACACAGCUCAGCAGCUUUCCACAGAAAACACGUUCGACUGCGUUUGAUGGACACCCAUGGCAUCAGACGAGACAGAGGUCGUGUAGAGAUGGAGGUUGGAGGUCAGUGGAGUUCACUGUGUAUGUAUCCUAACACUGCUCCUGUCAUCUGUAGACAGCUCGGCUUCCCGUAUGCUGCAAUGUUGACAAAUGCAUCAACACCGGCGAGCAGUUUAUUUGGACACAGAGAGCUCCUUGCAAACGAGGUUGCGUUCUAUUGUCUCGGGUAUGAAGCUAAACUCUUCGACUGCGAGCAGGAGGUAUGGUACGGAUACUGUACAACGAACUACAUCAUCACUUGUAGCGGCUCUCCUUAUCUUCGAAUUCUGUAUGACAAACACCUUUAUCCACCACUGGAGGGAACGAACCUAACACUAGAGUGUGAGAGCCUGCAGUCUGGUCAGUCAAAUGUUACCUUCAGGUGGUAUAGGUAUUCCAGACAUUUUAGAAAGUACCUAAUCUUUGACAAGGUGACCAGACAACAUCAAGGUCUCAAAGUGAGAUGCAUGGCUGACUAUGUCUACGAUGGACUCACUUACCGGGUAGUUAGUGACAUCCUGGUCAUGAAUGUUUGCUGUGCCCCUUCAAUAAAGUCCACUAACAGACCGCCGCCAGAGUUAUUACACAUUGCCGGUGAUGAAGGACAUCUCAGCAUUGAAAUGACAGCCUACCCCACCCCUCACCUGAAAAACAUGGCGUACCUCGGACAAGUCUUGAAUAAAAGUAUUAAAGGAAAAAACAUUGAAAACUUAGCUCAUGUCGACUGCAAUGACAGCCUCGUGUCACGUGCUUCAGUCACAUGCUCCAUCACCGUCUUCAACAUCUCACAAAUUGCUAAAGGUUUUUACAAGACAGUUUUUAGCAAUAGACUCGGGGACCUGCCUUUUAUAUUCACAGUCAACCGAAAUACCGCUCGCAGUGGAGAAAGAUCACGUGUCUUAUGGAUUGUGGGUAGUUCAUCCUUUGGUGGAGUAGUCACCGCUGCAGCAAUCUUCCUGGUCUGUCACUUGAAAAAUGACGUGGCCGAGAGAAAAUGAAAAUCAGGCGAAGGGAGUAAACAAACAGCAAACCAUACCAAAGUCCCAGUCUAAUAAAUCUUGAACUUAGCAAACAAAAAGAUCCAGGCCAGGAUCCAUGUUUGAAGAAACAAACCCACAGUUGUCAUAUGGUUAUGUCAUCUGGUACAGUUCAAGAAGAAAAAGCACAAUAUGCAUGUGUCAUAAUACAAAUUGAUCCAAUUGUUUCUUUCCUUUCACUGGAGGAAAUUCAUACUGCGUGCCUCUUGACCUCUUGGCAAGAAGCAAUAAAGAACUGAUGGCAUUACCAACAGACUGGUACAUAUAGGGUAGAUAGCAACACUGACAACAACAAAGUCAUGGUUAGCACCAGUUAUCAACAAAGAAGAGAUUUACAAGAACAGACAGCAUCUCGAAGUAAUGAACAUCCUUAACUAACUGGAAGUCGUCUUGUCCAAAGAUGACAGUUACAUGUCAGAAUUCAAGAUCAGAAUUGUAACAACUAAAAGUCCAAUGAAAACCACAUGCUGGAGAUGAUUAGGGACAGCAACACAAUCAGAUUUACUAUUAGGUAGUGUACUAAUCCUUGAUAGUUUCAAUCCUGUGUAUUCUAUGGGUAGGUAGACACCCAGGUGAACAGAAAAAAACUUAUUGCCAAACGUUAAAUGGACUAUCUGUGCCCUGCAGGACUUGCACACAGCAACACGGAAAAGUAUGCCUUAGCAAGUCUUAGACCACUACUUUAGGGCAGCAUUAAUUACUGAUACCAUAUUAAAUUGAUAUUUGUUCGAGCUUUAAUAUGUGUCUUCUUGUUUUCUGUAAAAAUGUGUUUUACUAAAAGCGAGAUAUUUUCUGUUGAAGGUGCUAGGGUCACAGGAGGUUACAUAAUAAGGAAGAAAAUAAUAUACUAUGAAGCAAGUUGCUGGUUUGAUAUUC